AUGUUUUCCCCAGUUGGACAGAUAACAAUUGCGAGAGAACAAGCUUUGAUACGCGGUGAAAUCAUCCACGGACAGUUCGGCCAUGUUCAGUUUGUUGAAUCCAAACACGACCGUGCCCUCGACCCUGGACCCUGGCCGCGGGCUGGACGGCCCCAGCGGAUACAGGAGCACUUGCUGUGUGUUUGUGGCAGCCGGUUGAACUGUACCCCGGUGCGGCAACGCGUUGAGAACUUUGUACAGGAGGAGACUCCAAUGGCUGUCAGUGAAUUUGAAAUGAAUCAAUUCUAUGAGCGGCCGCCAAUUAUGUGCGACAUUUGCAACAAGCAGGUGUCUCCCAACUCAGAGGUUUGGACCUGUGAGAACGGCCGGCGCACGGUUUUGCAUUCCGUGGCCUACGACGUUUGCCAGUUCUGCUUCGAACGCUAUGCACGGGGAAAACUGCCGCACCCCGGGCAGCCCGGGCACCUCUCGGCGGAUGAGGAGGAGGAGGACGAGGAGGAGGACGACGACGAAGAUUUCAGUGAUGAAGACUUCAACAGUGAUGUGGAUUCCAGCAUAGGCAGUGAUACUGGUAUUUCAGAGGAGGCGAUGACACCCGCCGGCCUUACAAGUGGCCGCUUUCCAAUGGCCCUGCGCCUGCGUUUGACACCUUGGAAGUUUUUCUCCCCCCCCAGGCCUUCGGCAACGCCAUGUGGCGCGGCGCCUUCCGCCCGGCGUGCAACAACCAUGGCGCGGUCGCCCCUGCAGCAAGCCGUGUUGGCAGCGGGCAGUUUGGCCGCCAGCCUGGCAGGUCGUGCCAGGAGGAAACCCAGCGAGGUGACCUUGGACCCCAAAACCGCGGAGUGCGCGCAGGAGAUUAGCAACGCUUUGGCUAUGGUCAAGGAACCAACGGAUCCGGAAAUGGUGAAAGAUGUGGUGCAAGCACUGGCAGCUUUUGCCAAGAUGCGAGUGCUUCACACUGAAGUCUUACGAGUUUUUAGGGAGUUGCCGGCCGAUGCAUGGCAGGAAAUGCCAUCAGAUAUGGUAGUGGAGGCUGUCAGUUCUUACGCUCAAUUUCAGAUCGAGGAUUUGGAGUUCAAUCGCUUCCUGGCGGAUUUGAUAGCAAGUCGCAGCUGGAGAAAUCUCAGAGAUUAUCAACUGGCCAACCUGGCCUUUGCAGCUGCUACUUUGGAGCUGGGCCCGGAAGCCAACCUUUACAGCUGCUUCGAAGCUGCUUUCAGUAAGGCAAAUGUGAGCCGCAUGAGUAGCUUCGACCUCUGCCGCAGCCUCUGGUCCCUGGCCCGUCUUCGCCCCGAAGGCCUAGGCUCGGUGACGCCGUCAGCCAAGGCGUUGGUGGCGGCGUUGGAGGCGGCCAAGGGUAAGGUCUUUGGACUCAGCUUGGCACAGGCUCUUUGGGCCCUACCCAGGUUAGGACUUGCAGAGCACAUGGAGGGCCUUUUGAAGGUCUCGGGCAGCGUCAUCGUGCCGGAUGCAUCGCUGAGGGAGCAAGCAGAGCAGCUGGAAGCAAUGGCCAAGGGCUGCGAGAACAUCGGCCUGCAGGCAGCUGUGCUCAAUGCCGCAGCGCUGCGGUAUGUGCAAGCGCAAGACAUGGAGAAGUGCGACCAGGUCUUGAAAGUCAUGGCAGAGAAGGAUCUCUGGACCCCCGUCAGCUACUGCCUGGCUGAGCGCGUGAAGAGCAGGGUGACGGGCUCGCCGGCCUUCCCUGGGAUGAGGAAUCCAGGGCCCAGAGCUCACAAAUACGUCCGUGCCUUGUACCACGCCUUGUCACGAGCGAAGCCGAAUGAUAUUUCAAGCGCUUUGAUGGGCCUGGAGCACUUCUCCCGCACCAGCAAGAAGAACUGGCUGAAGUUCGGUGCUGCGGAUGAGAAGGGCCAGGUCUUGGAGGACGCCUGGGCCACCAAGGCCACCAAGACCAAGGAGGGCUGUGUGGCCUUGGAGUUUGGCACCUUCCUGGGCUAUUCGGCGGUGAAAAUCUGGCGACAGCUGGGACCGGGAGCCAAGGUCAUCAGCUUCGAAAUGGACCCCGAGGUGGCAUGCCUGGCUUUGAACUUCAUCGAGUUUGCAGGGCUUAGCGAUGCCAUUGAGGUUCGCAUUGGCCAAUGUGAAGAGUUGGUGGAAGAACUGAAAGAGGAACUUGAUCCUGGUUCUGUGGAUGUUGUGUACAUGGACCACAACCAGAUGACGUACCACAAAGAUUUAGCGCAACUGCAACGGAGCAAGCUGCUGUCGCGGGAUGUGCUCUUUGCUGCGACACAAGGCCUGAAACCUGGAGCGCCGUUGUUGCUCUGGCAACUGACUCAAGGGCAUGAGGCCGGAGUUUGGUCGCAGCUUGACAUCGUGUCGUGUCCCGACUGCGGCUUUCGUCGCAUGGAAGAUUGGGUGGUCCUGGCGCAUGGCAACGCGGCCAAGACCCGGAGCUUGAAGAGGCGAGAAAGUCCCCAGACCUUUCCUCCUGCUCCCAGAGAGGUGUUGCUGCUGGCCGCCGAGUGCAAUUUGAUGCGCUGGCGGACGGCCAAAGGCAUGGUGGACGAGAAACGCUGGGACGAGUUCGUCCAGCACGUGCGGCGAGGGAUGGAAAAGGUGGGCAUCAAAAGUACCAAAGAAGCCUGGCCCCAGAUGAAGUGGCUGCGGGAAGCCCGGCAACUGGAAUAUCAACGUCUCGACUACUGAAGAUCAUCCAAGAUCAUCCAAGGUGAACCAUUUCCUUCGUGAUCCAUCUGCAGGUGGCCAAUAGACCAGCGACCGGUAAGGACGGUGAAGGCAGGUACUGUGGAGCUGGCCGUGGCCGUGUCCGAACACAGCCGGUGGAGCUGCAGCAGAUGAGCGUCAAACGAUGAGGUUGAAAAAA